UGUGGCUCCUCCCCCUCAGACCUCACCUCAGAAUUUGAAGAUUAUUCUGAGUUCAGUGACCUGAGUGACAACGAACUGCUGCAACUCUGGAGCAGUGAAGACGCUUCCUCUAGACUGACCAAUCAGGCUCCUCCAUCUGGCCAUCUGGUGGAUGGGUCUGGGAUUAGAGGUUGGAGGACAGCAUUGGAGAGAAGAUUAUGGGAUGGCACUGUUUUUUAGGGGUGGGUCCCUUAGUUCUAGUUGAAGGAACUCUGAGUUCUUUUGGCCAAACUGUUUAACUCUUUAAUGAUGCCCCCGCCCUUGUCCCUGUCCCAACAUGACUGCGCAGCAGUGGUCCAUUAAGAACUCGGUGUGGACGGACUUGACUGGUCUGGACACAGUCCUGAUGGGAUUGAAGGAGCCAAACCAGGACCCCCAUCAGUGUGUGACCUCACAGACGGGUGUUUGAAAGAAUUAAAGCUGCGAAGACUAAACCCAUGUCAUACUAAAUAUACAUUUAUAUAUAUUGUAGGGCUGGACAUUUGAAUGUGUGAACUUAUUAAUUAAUUAACACUGAUAAUUAUUUUAUCACACACUAACGUAUUUAUUGCUUUAUUAUUUAAAAUUGAUGUUAAACAACUUUUGUUCACUGGCUUUUAUAGUUACUGCUGUGGUGCCAUCAGGGAUUGACCUUUCACAUUUCAUUUAGAACAAAUAGGGUUAGAGACUUUUAUUUUGAAAUGCUUAGUCCAGAAUUCUUGUAAUUUGAGAGUCAUAGACAGAGUCAGCUGAGUGGCCCAAAAUAACCCGACACAAACACUCGCACAGAGUUUUAAACCCAAACUGAAAAGGACCUCGAAAAUAAAUUGUUCUAACUUUUCUACCGCUAUGCUAACGAUCAGAGUCCAGUUGGUCUGGUCGUAUUAAUGGAAUCAUCAGAAAAUAUUUGUGGCUCCUCCCCCUCAGACCUCACCUCAGAAUUUGAAGAUUAUUCUGAGUUCAGUGACCUGAGCGACAACGAACUGCUGCAACUCGCUAUCGAACGCAGUCUGAGAGACACACGGUACGGAAAUGCUAGGGAUGCUAAUAGAGACAGCGGCGCUGCGUCGUCCAGCAGUGUGUCCAGACACGAUGACAAUCCUCAGGUCCAGACCACAGCUCACUAUAGUACACCCAACCCUCCCAGUGAAAAACUUCCUGACCUGAAGACCUUCGAUGGAACGGUCCACUCCUUUGUGACGGGUUCUGGAAAGAGGAUGUUAGCGUACCGCAGGUCAGAUGGGGCUCUGCUCCACAUUGCUCCAGAACCAAAAGAGGAGGAGGAGCCGCUUUUCACCGCCAUUCGCGACGGAGACAUUAGCAGGGUGAAAGCUCUGGUGUCAUUCCUAGGAACCAAUUUGAUGCUCCCCAGUAAGCCUGGUUGGCUCGCCAUCCACCAGGCGGCGUUCUACGGCCACAGAACGUGUCUGAAUAUCCUACUAUCAGCUCAGCCUGGAAUGAUAAAUAAACGGACAGAUAAUGGUGAGACAGCGUUACUCAUCGCCAUCAGCAGGAGGCAUGUGAGCUGCGCCCAGGAGUUGCUGGAAAAAGGAGCUGAUCCUGACCUCCCCAACCAUGAAAAGGAGACACCGCUGUUCAAAGCCUGUGAACGCAGCAGUGCAGAGAUGGUGGCUGUGCUGUUGAACCACGGUGCAGCGGUGAAUACACACUGUCUCCAGGGAUGGACGGCGCUACAGCAGGCUGUGUUUGUAAACAACGUGGAGAUUUGUGAGAUGCUGCUGAAGAGUGGAGCAAAACACAAUGUUACCAACAUGUACGGCAUCACACCGCUGUUCACCGCUGCACAGACGGGGCAGGUGGCAACACUGCGUUUCCUCAUCCAACACGGUGCAGAGGUCAACAGUCAGGCUGCAGAUGGAGCCACUGCUCUUUACGAAGCUGCCAAAAAUGGACACGUGGAAAUCAUUGAACUUCUCCUAUCGCAAAACGCAGAUGCUAACAAACCAGGAAAAUCAGGGUUAUUUCCGCUGCACAUCGCUGCCCAAAAAGGAGAUGAGCGGAUUGUCUCCAUGUUGAUACCAGUAACCAGUAAAGCACGAGUCAGACGGAUCGGCAUCAGUCCUCUCCAUCUAGCAGCGGAACGAAACCGGGAUGAUGUGCUAGAGUCUCUGAUCGAGGCAGGUUUUGACGUGAAUGCUAAGCUGUCAGACGACUGGUCCAAGCUGUAUGAAGACCGUCGCAGCACCCCUCUCUACUUCUCCGUCAACAACAACAAUGUGGACGCUGUUCAAAUGUUGCUGGCAGCUGGUGCCAACCCAAACCUGGACAUGUUUAGGCCACUGAUGGUAGCAGCCCGACAGAGAUGCAUCCAAACUGUAACCCUGCUGGUGGAGCAUGGUGCUGACAUCAACGCCAGCAUUCCCACCCACCCCACCACCUUCCCUGCUGUCUACAUGUUCUCCAUGAAGUACCUGCCUAUGUUUAAGUACCUGCUGGAUCAUGGAGGCCACGCCCGCUCCUGCUUUGACUGUAUUUACGGUAACCACCCUCAUCCACCAAUCAACACCAACCGAUCAGAGAGAGAGAGUGCCCCCCACAGAGAGUCUCCACUGAGAGCAGGUGUUCAGUUCUGUGAGAUGAUUUCAGUUCCGAGCAUCUGUCGGUGGGCAGGACCGAUCAUUGACGUACUGUUGGACUACGUUGGUCAUGUGACCCUUUGCUCUCGGUUGGUGGAACAUCUUGACAGCUUCUCUGACUGGAGCCAUAUCAAAGAAAAAGCAGCAUGGCCCCGCCCUCUCAUACAUCUAUGUCGUCUGAACAUUCUGCAGCGAGUUGGCCGUCCACGUUUGAAGAAGUUACCACUCCCCUCCAGUUUGAUUCGUUUUCUGCAGUAUCAGUAAAUGCCACUUUGAUUGAACCAUGAUGUCAGGAGACUGUAUGUGAUGUCACUGAGAUCUGUAUGUGUGGAUAAAUACAGUAGAGUGUCGUCUGUAUGUGUGGAUGAAUACAGUAGAGUGUCAUCUGUAUGUGUGGAGAAAUACAGUAGAGUGUCCUCUGUAUGUGUGGAUGAAUACAGCAGAGUGUCAUCUGUAUGUGUGGAUGAAUACAGUAGAGUGUCAUCUGUACGUGUGGAUGAAUACAGCAUAGUGUCAUCUGUAUGUGUGGAUGAAUACAGUAGAGUGUCAUCUGUAUGUGUGGAGAAAUACAGUAGAGUGUCAUCUGUAUGUGUGGAGAAAUACAGUAGAGUGUCGUCUGUAUGUGUGGAUGAAUACAGUAGAGUGUCAUCUGUAUAGCAGGUAAAGGUGAUAUGAUGCUUUUUAGUAAUUUUUCCUGAUAAGCUUUGAUUAGUUGUAGGUUUGUGUUUUGUGUGUAGGUGAGUUCAGCUCUGAGGGCUCUAUAAGAUUGAGCAAGUUUCGAGAACUAACAUUUUGAACAGUUUGAACUGUUGGAGAACAAAUUUUGGCCGGAACAUGCAAAAACCAAACAACCGGCCGCAAUUUUUAAUAAAAUAUAUGACUCUUGAUAGUAAAAAACCUAAUUAAAAAAUUAGAAUAUAUAUAUUUGUAUAUACAUAUAUAUGUAUGUAUAUAUAUAUAUAUAUAUAUAUAUAUAUAUAGUGAACGCAU